AUGUUAAAAGCAUUCAUUUGGAACAUCAAGUCUGUGAAUAUUCAGAAGGAUUUCCAUAGAGUUCAGAUGUUGCAUAGACAUCACAAAUUCAUUUUGAUUGCACUUAUGGAACCUUUUCAAGACUCAAGGCAUAUUUCUAGAUACAAAAGAAGAUUGGGUAUGAGCUUGGCAAAUCAUAAUUGUAAUGGGAAGAUCUGGUGUUUUAUCAAUGAAGGAAUAGAUGUGGAGGUUUUAAUGGAUACAGAACAACAGGUUACCAUCAAAUUAUUUCUGCAGAAUAGUGGUAAGGUCCUAAUUACUACACUGGUAUAUGCAAAAUGUGAUGCUAAUGAAAGAUUGGAGCUGUGGGAUAGCAUUUAUAACUUGUCUAACAAUAUGUAUUUCCCAUGGUUGGAUUCCAUCUUGCCUUCAUUGAUAUCGCCAAAUCAAUUUAGUUUUGUCAAAGGCAGGAACAUUAUUGAAAAUGUGUUGCUUACUCAAGAAUUAGUUCCUGAUAUUAGAAAAAGAGGAAAACCAACAAAUGUGAUCAUAAAGUUAGAUAUGGCAAUGCCUAUGAUAGGGUGUCAUGGAACUAUCUUAGACAGAGGUGUAAAGAAAGGUGAUCCUCUAUCACCUACUUUGUUUAUAUUGGCUGUUGAGGUAUUAUCUAGAGCACUGAAUUCUCUUUUUGAAGAUGGUAUGUUUAGAGGAUAUGGGAUGCCUAAGUGGAGUUCAAAUUUGAAUCACCUUUCUUAUGUUGAUGAUACUAUUGUGUUUGCUUCUGCUGAAAAGUUGUCUCUUUAA